AUGGUUCAAAACAAAAAGACUGUUCAACGUGGGGAUCAGGAAGGCACUUCACUCGUCACACCAGAAGCCAUCUCGCUUCACGUGGAAGAUCAGGCCGUCAAAGAAAAGCAAAGCUAUGCCAUGGUAACAGGACUUCUUCAAGUUUUGCUAGCCAGCAUUGCGUACCAACGGAAUCUCUUCCCCAAAUCGUGUUUCGAGAUGCGAUCACCCUCAUUGAUCCGCACAGAAGUCCGUCGCUCUUACAAGCAGGCCCACGCUCGCUCAAACACAACCAGCAGCGAUAAUGAAAUGACACAUUUAGCAACUGCACUGGCACAACGAGAUCAACCUCUCGUAGUCUUAGCUCCAGGCCAGACAGAUGGCGUUGACACACUGCUAGCUUGGCUGGAUGAGAUAUCCAAGGGUCUACUCGAACGCUCUUUGGAUGGCGUUCAGUUCAGCAUAUGUGCGGACAAAUCGAGACCUUCCGAAAUCCUGGAGCUGUACACAUUCUCUUUCCAAUACCGUGAUGGGAAGGACGGUGAACGACGGCUUAUGGGGUUGACGGCUCCGGGUGGUGGCAGCGGCUUGAUUACCAUUCGAAGCGUUAGAUCUGGCAUGGUCAAUGUGAUCGACCAAUUCAAAAAUUAUCAGCAGCAGCUCCCCGCACUUCCCAAGGAACGAUACUUGAUGUGUCACCUCUUUCAUUCACCCUAUGCUCCUCGGCACCAUCGACCACCGGGGUUCCAUACCUGUACAGACACCAACAUGGCUGUCAUCGAGAAUGGUUUAUGGUAUAUGAAGCAGCGAAGCUUCGGGUCAAUAGACUCGGGCAUUCAUCGCAUGCGCCUGGAAAUAGGUUUCAUGGCUCGCACCGAUGCCGCGCAAGAGCCCAACCAUCGGCCAGUGCUUUCCCAGAGUAUGGAGUACACAAGGACUGUGUCAAGGACCCUCAAGCCCGAUCUCGAAAGGCGCUUUACAGAUCAGGCCGCUCCGCCAGUGGGCACCUGGAUGGAAAAGCGUCCUAGAGGCAUCAGACAAGCAGAUGAGCAGGGAGAUUCAAUUAGGCUGGAAUUCUCGCAAGGUGGUACUGGAGAUUCAGAUAGAUCGACGAGGGCAAUAAGACAGACCAUUAGCCCAGGACCUCCUAGCAAGGACUCGGGAGAAAGCGUUAAGAUAUACGAUACGUUGAGGGGUGAUAGUCUUCUGCCGACCCAAGUUAUGGAAGCCCGUGACUCGCCAACACGACUUACAUGGAAUUGGAAGCUGCGGGCAGGAAAAGAACUGGAGAUGUGCGUAAAGAGAGACAACCAACAGUGGGUUGCUGAUCGAGUCGUUCGCUGCGAAUGCUCUUGCGAUCUGGAAGAAGUGCCUAUGCUCCAAUGCAUUUGCUGCCAAAAGUUGCAGCAUUAUCACUGCUAUGGGUUUGCUUUAGAGACGCACGUACACGAGCAUCAUUGCUAUCAAUGUCUUCUUGAAGAUACGCAUGGACCGGUUUUGGGAGACAUGAAGAGAAUCGCCAUUUUCAGGCGAGCACUAUGGAUCCUGUACGAAAAAACCCCCUCGUCACCCGCAGAAUUCGCUCAAAAGCUGCGUUUCGAUGGAAAGACGACACAGGGGUUGAUCAAGCGAUUGGAUGAAGGCGGUUACCUGGCUUCUGGAAGGACGCGAUUAUCUCCAGUGACCGCCCCUGAGCAGUUAAUGUUCAGGAGACAACUCUACUGUGAUCCUCUCACGAGCAUCAGUGGUUUCUAUGAGCCUCGAGACAAUACCGUACCUGCGAAUACAGAGACCGACGAUGAGGACCCUCGGUGCAAACGUAUAAAGACCGGACGUCACGAGAAGUAG